AUGAUGGUUGCGUUUCUCCAACUUCUUACAUUCGCCGUGGCAGUCGUCGCAGCUCCGGCUGAGGUUUCCCUCGACGUCGGCCUCGGUGGAAAGAACUGCGAUGGCAAGUUCGCCAGAACUCGCCCUUCUUCCAACUCGCUGGUCGUCGAUGCUUCCGGCAAGCAACCUAACAGCUACCCCACGCUUAACAGCGCCGUCGCCGCACUGAAGAACGUCACCGACGAUCAGAGCAUCUUCAUCAUGCCCGGCACCUACACCGAGCAGGUCCGCAUCCCCAACUACCUCGGCAACCUCGUCAUCCAAGGAUACACUUGCGACUCCCGCGACUACGCCGAUAAUCAGGCCACCCUCACAAACAACCUCUCCCGCACCAUGGCCAACCUCACUAGCAACGACCAGACCGCCACUCUCCGCCUCUGGGGAGAUAACAUCAAGAUUUACAACCUCAACAUUGCCAACACUUUUGGUCAGGCCGAUAAGAAUGGCAUGGCGCUGGCUGUCAGCGCACAGAAGACCAAUCUCGGCUUCUAUGCUUGCAAGAUUACCGGAUACCAGGACACCGUCUACGCCAACGAGGGUAGACAGAUCUACGCAAAGACCCUCAUCAACGGCGCCGUCGAUUUCAUCUUUGGACUGCGCGCCGCAGCCUGGUUCGAGAAGUGCGACAUUCAGACCAUCGGAAAAGGCUACAUCACCGCGAACGGCCGCGAUGCAGCCAACAACACUUCAUUCUACGUCUUCAACAAGGCCAACAUCACUGGCACCAGCGGAACUGCCUCUGUCACCCUCGGUCGUCCGUGGAGACCGUUCUCCCGUGUCGUCUUCCAGCACAGCGAGAUGAGCGAUGUCGUUGCGCCGAUUGGCUGGUCUAUCUGGGACAAGACGCAGAGCACGGCCAAUGUCUACUUCAAGGAGUUUGAGAACACGGGUCCCGGUGCGGCAGGUGUCAGGGCUAACUUCAGCUCCACGCUUACCAAGGCUGUUCAGGACGUCGAACUUCUCGGCGAGGGGUUCAAGAAGGAGUGGUGGGUUGACGCUUCGUACCUGUAA